AUGUUAUCCUCCGAUUUUAGUGAACAUUUCAUGCUUCCCCACAAUUUGCCGGGACAAGAUCUCAACUGCAGCAUAGGAAGCUUCAUGGGUUCGGAAAGCAGCAAUUCAGGACAUAUCAAUUCCAGCGGCAACACAAUCAACUUCUAUACUUUGGAGGACGAAUUGAACAACAAUGAUUCCAUGUCUGAUUCUAAUACCAGCAAUGAUUUUGGCUUGGAAACACCCAUACCUACAUCGACCUAUGAAUUGGAGCAGUUCUACAAUUCUUACCCCCACCACCACCACCACAAUAAUCAGCCAAUGCAGUGGAGUAACAAUAGUUUGCCAACCAACCAUACCAGAACAGCAUUGGACAAUCCCCAGCACCAACUGAAUGUACACUUGAAAAAUGGCAAAACCUUAACAAAGAAUCCCUUAAAGCCUGCCAAGGGUAUUUCCUGUUCCAUGUCCUUAGGCUCAUCAUCGUUGUGCUCGCAAGAUAUUUUACGAAAGCGUCGAUUGGCGGCCAAUGCCCGUGAGCGGCGACGCAUGAAUAGCCUCAAUGAUGCAUUUGAGAAGUUACGCGAUGUGGUGCCCUCCCUGGGCAAUGACCGUCGUCUCUCUAAAUAUGAAACUUUACAAAUGGCUCAGGCCUACAUUGGAGAUUUGGUGAAGUUGCUGACCAGAGAUUAUUGA